GGGGGCGGGAAGCGCAUCGGAGCAGCGGAGCGGAUGUCGGCCUUAAGGCGCUCAGGCUACGGCCCCAGUGACGGUCCGUCAUAUGGCCGCUACUACGGCCCUGGGGGUGGAGAUGUGCCCGUGCACCCACCUGCACCCUUAUACCCUCCUCGCCCUGAACCUCCCCCGCCUCCCAUUUCCUGGCGGAUGCGCGGGGGCGGCCCGGCUGAGACCACCUGGCCCGGAGAAGGUGGAGGAGGUGAUGGCUACUACCCUUCUGGAGGAACCUGGACGGAGCCGGGUCGAGCUGCAGGAAGCCACCAGGAGCAGCCACCAUAUCCGAGCUACAAUUCUACCUACUGGAAUUCUCCUCCUCGACCGAGGACUCCUUACCCAAGUACAUACCCAGUAAGGCCUGAAAUGCAAGGCCAGAGUUUGAAUUCUUACACUAAUGGAGCAUAUGGCCCACCAUACACAACUGGCCCAGGGGCAAAUACUGCCUCAUACUCUGGGGCUUAUUACACACCUGGAUAUUCUCAGACCAAUUACUCCACAGAGGUUCCAAGCACUUACCGUUCACCUGGGAACAGCCCAACCCCAGUCUCUCGUUGGAUGUAUCCCCAGCAGGACUGCCAGGCUGAAGCACCUCCUCUUAGGGGGCAGGUUCCAGGAUAUCCUGCUUCACAGAACCCUGGAAUGACCCUGCCCCACUAUCCUUAUGGGGAUGGUAAUCGUAGUGUUCCACAACCAGGACCAUCUAUACGACCACAAGAGGACUCAUGGGCUUCUCAUGGUGCUUAUGGAAUGGGAACCCGUUACCCCUGGCCUUCAGCUGCGUCCUCAGCACCACCUGGGAAUCUCUAUAUGAGCGAAAGUACUUCAGCGUGGCCUAGCACUGGCUCUCCUCAGCCACCCCCUUCACCACCACCCCAGCAGCCAAAGGAUUCCUCAUAUCCCUAUAGCCAAUCAGAUCAAGGCAUGAACCAGCACAACUUUACUUGCAAUGUCCACCAGUACGAGUCCCCAGGAACAGUGAACACUGAUAAUUCAGAUCUUUUGGAUUCCCAAGUCCAAUAUAGUGCUGAGCCUCAGCUGUAUGGUAAUGCCACCAGCGAACAUCCCAGCAAUCAAGAGCAAAGUAACAAUCUUCCUGAAGAGUGUUUACCUUCAGAUGAAGAUACUCCCCCAAGUAUUAAAAAAAUCAUACACGUGCUGGAGAAGGUCCAGUAUCUUGAGCAAGAAGUGGAAGAGUUCGUAGGAAAAAAGACAGACAAAGCAUACUGGCUUCUGGAAGAGAUGCUAACCAAGGAACUUUUGGAACUGGAUUCAGUUGAAACUGGGGGUCAGGACUCUGUCCGACAGGCCAGGAAAGAGGCUGUUUGUAAAAUCCAGGCCAUACUGGAAAAAUUGGAAAAAAAAGGAUUAUGAAAGGAUUUAGAACAAAGGGGAAGCCUGUUACUAACUUGACCAAAACUCUUGAUUUUGGUUAAUUACCCUUUUUUUGAAAUGCCUGUUGAUGACAAGAAGCAAUGCAUUCCAGCAUUCCUUUGAUUUGAAACUUGAAAAACUGGUAAAGGAUUUGGGAAAACAUUUUUGUUAUGAGUUGUUUUCAGUUUUUAGACCAAUGAAUGUAAUAGGAAACCGUGGAGUUACCAAUAUUGCCAAGUAGACUUACUCCUUAAGAAAUGUAUGGAUAUCUACAAGUUGCUUCUUAUCAUAAAUACACUUUAUGUAACAGGCUUAUCAGAAAUCUGCCAGAUGAGACUGGAUAUAAUCUGAGACAAACAGGCUCUGUUUUUUAACACAUGUGGAUUAUUUGUCAACAUUUUUGUACAUUUUGACUGCUUUCAACAUACACGUCGUGUAAUUACAGCUUGGACUUUAGCUUUGUUGGACCUCUGUUUUGUUAUUUGCAGUUUACAAAUAUAGUAUUAUUCUCUACUUCUUGGUACAUUUUGUAGUAAUAUGUUUAAUGUAAUUAUUCAAGAGACUAUAUUGCUAGCCAGAUAGUAUGGCAUUUCUGAAUGAAUUUAUAUCUUUUCACCACUUGAAUAUAUUGCAAUGCAUAGUGAGUUCCUGAGGUAAACUGUCUCCUUUUUUGUAUAGAUCAUUAGGUUAGAGUUUCACCACUUCUAUGUUAAUAGCAGAAGGCAAUUUGAAAAUAACGUGGGCAUAGGAAUGCAAAUGCUUGUGGCCAUUUUUCUGUUUUGCUCUUUUAGCGUAUUUGUAUAAAGAUUUACUUUAAAAUUCCCCUCCCUUCCUUUAGUUAUCUUUUCACUAGUGCUGCUUUCAUAUGGAGCAUAUGGAGCACAGGUAACAGAUGAGAAAUUAAAUGCCACAGUGGGUAGAAAUAAUUAACUGUAAAAGUAAUAAAUACAACGAUUUGGAAAUGCUGUUCUUUAUCUGAAAUACUGGUUUCACCAUCAAGAGCCCUACAAACAGAUUUCAGCUUAGUUUAUACUAAAAAAACAAGGAGAGUAAAAUAGAAUUCAUGCUCAGGGAAUGAAUCAGCCAUAGCUAGAGUAGGAAAUUAUUUUUUCGUUUAAAGGUGGAUUUGAUGUUUAUCUUUAUUUCCCUAGAAUAAAUUGCAUGGGAAAUAUUGCCUGUUUUAUUAAAAGAUAUUUAUUACCAUUAGUAACAAUCAUUUUAGAGCCAGAUUUAAGGAAGGGAUAUUGAAAGGGUCUUAGCUGGGCUUGCUUGGGUACCUCUGUGCUAUCUCUGCUAUCUUAUCGAAGAGACUUAGGUAAAUAAUUUAAUUUUUACAUCUAAAGUGGCAUCUAGUAUACAGUGUCUGUUACUAGAAAAACAGCUGUUUCUUAAUAAGAUGUGCAAAUGAUAAUAUUUCUUUUCUAGACUGCUAGGCCUAUUAGUGAUAAUAAAUCUUAUCAGCCAUCUCCUCUCCUUAUUAAAAAAAAUACAAGACCAAUACAAACAUAAUUGGUUAUGAGAAGAAAUGGAGUAAACAUAAUGGCUGGGUCUUAUGGUUGGGAUGAGUGAUUUUAUGAGAUAAUGUGAUAAUUUUAUUCUAGGAUAUUUAUUUUUGGCCUAACAGGAAUGUUAAAAGGCUUUUCUAUGAAAAUUAGAAGACCACUUGAAACAAAAUUUAGAAGGGGGAGGACCUUAAAUAGCAAAGUUAACAUAAAACAGUGAGACAAUGACUAAUUCAGGAGAGAAAACUACUAUUCGAGUGCCCAAGAUACCGAUUUUCAUUGUCAUGAUAUGCACAUAUAUACAUAUGUGUGUAUGUUUUUUAAAGUUACUUAAAAGUUUUUUCAUAUAAUUUUAGGCCUUUUGAAGAGUUGUAAAAAUAGUUUCUGUAUGCUCUUUACUCAACUGGCCCUUCUUUUAACAUCUUUCAUAACUGUGGACAUUUGUCAAAGUAAGAAAUUAGCCUUGAAACAAUACUAUUAACUAAAGUAGAGAAUUUAAAAAGUAGAGAUUUUCUUAGUCUUUUCACUAAUGUCUUUUUUUACUUACUGUGACAGGAUCCAAUCCAGGAUCCCACCUUGCAUUUAGUUGUCACGUCUGUAUUGUCCUCCAAUCUGUGACAGUAUGUUAUGACGCCUGAUGUUGUGUGAUGUAUUUCUGGUGUUGUUAACCUUAAUCACUACCUAGUAGUGUCUGCUAGGAUUCUCUACUGAAAACUACUGUUUCCUUUGUGAUGACUAAAUAUUAUCUGGAGAUACUUGGAGACUAUGCAAAUGAAUGUCCCGUUUCUGCUUAAACCUUUGCCCACUCGUUUUCAUAAUCCAUUGGCAAAUCUUGCUUGUGUUGUGUCAGUUACUACUGUGGUGUUCUAAUGGUGAUGUUCUGUUUCUCUCAUUCGACAUUUAUUAAUUGGAAUUCUUCUGUAAAGAAGGGUUAUUGCUUCUGGAUUUAUGUUUUUAAUUAUAAUAAGAUAGUGGGGAUAAAUACAAACUUAGAACUUAAAGAUGUAAACUAUAUUGAACUGAUUCCAAAUAUCAAUAUCAAAGAAAGGAAAACUAAAUUAGCAACCUGUUUCAGAAAAUAUACCGAACAUAUGAUUUA